AUGGAAGCACACGCCGAAAACGCCGAGAACCUUUUCAACGACUUGGGGCUAUCGUAUGAGGAAGCUUUUAGCAACGACCCCCAGCUCCGCCAAUUCAUCGCAUUUGCAGCUUCUAAGCUCCCCAAAAGAAGUAGAGUGCUUGAUGUCGGAUGCGGGACUGGUAAGCCAGUCGCUGAGGAACUUUCGUCCGCCGAUCUUAUCGUCCAUGGGAUCGACGCAUCCGAUGAAAUGGUCCGCCUCGCCAGUUCCCAGGUGACUGGGUUUUUUGAAAAGGCGGAUAUGAGACAAUAUAGCCCCAAAGUCCAGUUCGACGGCAUAUUCGCCAUUCUGUCGCUGUUCCAGUUGACGCCGGGUGAUAUCUGCUGCAUGGUCACCAAAUUCUCGGAGUGGCUAAGAGUGGGCGGAUAUGUUGCUCUUGGUGUGACCCCCAGCACGGCUCUCCCUCCCCAGAAAUGCACCUACGACCCGACGUGGGAUUGCGUCUGGAUGAUUGGGAAGUUCUGGAUGGGCAACUACACGAACGAAUCAUUCUUUUCCGAAGAAAACUGGUGCCGGCUUCUUCGCAACGCAGGGUUUGUCAUUGAGGCUGAACCGGUCGACUACUUGUUUUCUCCUACUGGUUGUAAUCACCCAGAGGCUCACUAUCUUAUUCUUGCUCGCAAGGUAGAUGAGCAACCGCUUUUGGGGCCGUUCCCUUUACCGACCACCCGAAAAGCGCUGCCCAGGACAGCGAGAGGCGACAUCUUUAUCGAUCGCUUUGAGAGCAGCGAUCUGGAAGGACUGCUUAGGACGCACGAGAGCAGCCGCAAUGUACUUUGCCUGGGGCAGAAACAUGAGAAUAAGCGAUUUACUAUCUGUGACGCCAAAUAUUUCGAUGGGCCUUUGGAUAAACUUCCGUUCACUGAUGGAAGCUUCGAUGUAGUCUUCGCACCGUGGAAGCUUGACUACGCCAUUGAGCUCGAGAGGACAUUGGCAGAGAUAGUUCGGGUGGCGAACAAAUCUCAAUCUCAGAUAAUUCUCAUCCAGGGUGCACCAGGAAACGAAGUUGUUAAGCAUUUGAAUACCGUUGCGCGUUCGCUUCCAAUUGAGCAUCAAGGAUACCUUCUACGUUGUGCAGUACAGCAUUUGGAGAUGGCUGGUUUUGGCGAUAUUUCUUUGAGACGGAUUGAUGCCCGGUAUUACUUCCCUGAGCAGGAUCUUACUGGUCGUUGCUCUGUGGCGGCAGAGGUGCUAGCUGGGAUAUGGCACAAAGCGCAUCCUCAGUAUAAUGUUAUCAAGGAGGCUCUGAUUUCAAACCUACAGCUGCACUUCCAAGGCCGCACUCACUGGGUUGGCCAUGAAAUGGUUGCUCUAGUGGCAAGCCGUGUAGAGGCUUAG